AUGCAAUCGUCCUUCAUGUCUCCUCUGGGCUAUUCUGGGUUUUGCGAUUCUACACCCUGCAGAACUCAGUAUUAUGUCCCAGUUACUCCUGUUGCUCUUUGCUCUGGUGAUGUAAACCCUGCCUUUGGACUCUGCUUACCCAGUAGCUACCAAGGAAAUCUCUGGCUCCUGGAUAACUGCCAAGAGUCCUACAGAGAAGCCCCAAGAUGUGAAUCCUGGAGCUGUGAACCCAAGAUCUGCACCACAGGUUGUGACCUGUCGAACUCCUGUGUGCCAUGCAACUCCCCAACACUGGGCAAAGUCUGCAGCACCUGUGAAACUAAGAACAUCAGCGCCAGAACCAGCUGCAGCCCAUGCACUCAGGCCAAGGGGUAUGUAUUGGAUUGCUACCCACAUACCCGAUGUGCAUCUAAAACCUGCCAGACCUUCCGCAGUGGCUCCAACUGCUUUGGAAAACUUAACUGCUUACCCAAGAUCCCCCAAACCUUAAGCCACUGCAGACUGGGAAGCUUAGGGUAUAGAAGCUUCCAAAAUCUUGGCAUUAAACCCAGUGCGUUCUCACCAUCGUGUUAUAUUUCCAGCAGGUGCCGACCCCAAUACAAUUUAACGAGAAAUUGCCGAUACCUGAAUUAUGGGUCUAUGAGCUGCCGACCACUGGGUUAUUUUCCUAGAAACUUCCGAUCUCUGAGCUGUAUACCCAGUACCUUUCCACCUCUGAGGUAUUUAUGUAGUGGUAGCAGACCUCUGAAUUGCUAUUAA